AUGAUUCUUGAAGUUUGUGCUCCAUUUCAACAGGACGGGAAAAAUUACCGAAAUUAUGAGGAAGACCCAAAGAAUCGCAUUCAGUCAAGAGUCAGAAAUCAUUACUACAAUCAACAUAGGCUGCAAACCGUGGAAUUCGUGGACAAAAUGCACAAGAAAUGGCUGUCCUUCAACCACGACAGAAUGCCUAUUUUGGAGGCACUGGAGGUGCUUGCAGAUUUCCUUGAUGAAAGCGACCCAGAUGUUGAUGAAGCAAAUCUUAUUCAUGCCUAUCAAACCGCCGAACAGCUACGCAAGGCACACCCAAAUAAACCGUGGAUGCAUCUUGUUGGACUUGUGCAUGAUUUAGGGAAGGUGAUGAGCGUCUGGGGAGAAGAGCAAUGGGCUGUGACAGGUGAUACGUAUCCUGUUGGUUGUGCACCGUCGGACACAAUUGUAUACGGUGAAGGGAGUUUCGAAGGCAACCCAGACAUGCUGAAUCCUAAGUACAACACUUUUCCUUUGGCUGACCAUCAGGAACAUAGUAUUGCAGAACCAAGUUGGGAAUGUACAAUGCUAAUUGUGGUCUGGAGAACCUGA